AUGUGCUCUUUGGCUUCAGCCACUCAGCCAUCCUCUAGUACCGUAUCCUCGUUGCUCAUAUCUGCAGUGGAUAUUUCUUCUUCUCUGACCAUGUCAGAAAAUUUCCAAAAUCCAUCUGUACUUGGAACUCUAAAUCCCCUGCAGUUCUCUCUUCCUGUGGUGAGCAGCACAGCUCCCCUAACAGGAAGCACCUGCAACUUCUCCAGAGUCUCUGCUCCAGCCAUCAGUUCAGCAUGGCUACUGCCAUCAGCCUCUGGCACCUCUUUCCAGCCAGUCCUGGAAAGUGCCUACCAUUACCAACAUCCUAACACCACUAUGUUGCCUGGAGUUUCUGGCCAGAGCCAGAUCUCCACUUCAGCUGCUUCCCAUCCAGGUAUUUUUGAGUGGAACAUGGCAGGAAGCAGUGAAAAGAAGUCCUCUUUACUCAGAGACCUGACUGUGACUGUCACUGACCAGGAUGCAGCUAUUCCUUCCAUGUCUAUGGCAGCCCAGUAUGAUAAAACUUCAGAUGCCAAUAACAUGGUCUCUCUGUAUCCAUCAGUUUCUGCCAGCCUUGUUCAGGGCACACCAUCUCAGAUUCCAUAUCAGGGACAUAGUCUUUCAGUUCCCUACCAGGAAGGAAGCCAGGUAUAUUACUAUAAUCAAGGCACAUUGGGUCCUUUACUGAUUGGAGAACUGGACCCCCGCCUGCAAACCUGUGGCACAGUGUCAUACACAGGAAGUAGGACCGCUGCCCCUCAACCAGAAAUAGUAAUGGUACUCAAAGAGAUUCAGCCCACAAAUAUCCUACCACCAGCUUCCACCUCUGGAAUCUACUACUCUGUGCCUGCUCAACCCAUCACAGAAACAAGUUUUCAAGUGAUGGAGACUUCCCUGGGGAUGGAGAAUUCCCUGGGAUCACAACCUGUAAGUCAGACAUUUUGUCUGUCACAAACUCCAGAAUUCCCCAAGUCCUGCAGUAGCAGAAAUAUCCAGAUACUUGAGAGUAACACACCACCUGAACUUGGGGACAUUUCAAUGAUUGCUCCAGUCCAGAGUUCCAGUAAUCUCCUGGCACUGUCUCCAGCUCCAAGCCAGGAACAAAUGGAGAAUAAGAAUUUGGAUGAUAUUAAAGCCAAGCUUUCAGAGCCUCUGGAUGCCUAUGAGAUCCCAUUAGAAAACCAAGAUUCUCCACUACUCCCUUUAGAAAUCCCUGAUAUUCACCAGCUCUUGGCCUGCCUUGAUCCCACUGGCCAAGAGGAGCUGCUUGGUUUUGAAAACACUGAUCUGGGAAAGAAUAGCCUCAGUUUUGAGGACCUUGGGACACUUGAAGAUGAGACUGAAUCUAGCAGUAGUUUUGCAAACAUCGCUACGCCAGUGAAGGAUAUUGACAGUCCCCAGCUCUUUCACUCUUUGGAAAACUUAGAUCAACCGAAAGAUGUCACGGUGAUCAAAGUCACAGAUACCAGAACCAUCAAGGUGAAUCAGGUGCAGGAAAAGUUGGGUAUCAUAAAGGCUCCCUCUGAUCAACCCAGGAAUAACAAACAUAAAAUCUCUGAGCCUGUCAGUGAUGCUCCCAAGGUCAAAAUCCAGGCAAAGAACCCAGAGUGCCUAUUAGGGGGAGAAGUGGUUAUUUGUAAUGCUACAUUCAGAGACAGGGCUCCUGCAAACCCAGCCAAGCAUUCUAACAGCAAACCUCAGAAGCCUGCAUCUAGCGGAAUCAGCAAAACUAAGAGCCAUGGGCAGGAAAAGACCAAAAGGACCAGAGAAAACAGCUCCAAGAAAGCUGAAGAGAGUAAGCAGUCAGGGAACAAAGUGAAGGCAGACGUGAAGUCAACCAUUCCCAAGAUGAAGUGGAAGAAAAAUCAACUUGAGUUUAACCAAGAGGACUUUAAAAAGCCCCGAAGCUGCCUCGGCAUGCACAUGCUGGAGUCUGUGCAGGUUUUUCAUGCACUGGGGAAGAAGGAUGAUAAGAAAAUUGGACUCUCUUCCUCUCGGGCCCCGGGACGUUUAGGCAACUUCAAAGACCCCAGGCCAUCCUCAGCUAUCAAGCCAUGGCUGAAUACCUGCUGUGGGGGUAAGGGUCCUGAGAAAACUCAAGUCAAAGCCCAGAAACGAGAUGGCAAUGCUGAAAAAGAGUGUCCAUCUCCAUCCCAGUAUGAGCUGCCACCUCCUGGGAAGGUCAAGUUGAUACCUUUGCCUUUUCCUACCGUGGACAAGCCUAAAGCUCAACCUUUUUCUCGGAGGCCACAGCCUCUGGCCUCACACCGGCCUGCUGUGGCUUACCCUGCCCGGCCUGGUUCUACUAACUCAGGUCAACCUACUGCAGUCAAUUCAGCCUGGCCAGCUCCUGCAUCUUUGGCAGGUCCUGCCAAACCAGCUCGUCCAAUGUUGAUCAACCCAACCCGACCAGGUCUGACCAACUCUACCAGGCCUAGUGUCCCUCAGGCUCCGGCUUCUAGGCCUGCACCCUACAAAACUUCAUCUUGUGCUUCUCUCCAGCAGAAGCCCGUUUCCACUGCUGUGACCAAGCACCAGUCUCCACCCAAGUCUCAAAACCAAUUUCUACUCCAAGACUUCAGCUUCCAACCAAUUCCAUGGAGGAAACCCAAUGUUCCUGAGCCAGUCAUGUCAACGCCCAUCACAGAAGAGCAGAGGCCAGAGCGGGAGGCCAUGAAGAGGCAGGCCCAACAAGAGCGUGAGAUUGCUGCCAAAUACACCUCUUUGGGGAAAAUGCAAUUUUUCAUUGAGAGGGAAAGAGAAAUGGACAUUUCUCUAUACUACGGAUAUGCAAUGUAA